AUGCUAUCCUACCUAACACCAUCAAUGUUGCCACAACUCUCAUCAUCUGAUUCGACACUUGGGAUCUGUUCCACAUCGUCCGACGAAGGAAACAAAUCACUAUAUCCAAAUGAAGAUGAUAGUAGCGGACUGGCACACUCUUCACGUAUUUCAUAUCCGCAUGCGUAUCAUCAUCAGUCACCAGUACCCCUUGUUUAUGAUCAUCCGGCAACACCAACAUAUGGAUUUGGUUUUAGUUUUUAUGAUGAUAUGUCUCCAUUUACUGAUCCAAGUCGAACGCCCUAUACAUAUAUACAUACGACAAAACGUUCUGAUCCAAAUAUUGAUGUUAAACUUGAAAACAUAGAUUUAUGGAAAAAUUUUGCUGAACUUAAUUUAGAAAUGAUUAUAACAAAAAGUGGAAGACGUAUGUUUCCAACAUUUAAAGUAUCAUUGGCUGGACUUGAACCAACACGUAAAUACAUUGUCUACAUGGAUGUUAUACCCGUUGAUAAUCAUCGAUAUAAAUAUCAUAAUUCUCAAUGGAUGAUUACGGGUGCAGCUGAACCACAUAUGCCAGGUCGAUUUUAUCCUCAUCCAGAUAGUAAUUCAACGGGUGCACAAUUAAUGAAGCAACCAUUAUCAUUCGGUAAACUUAAAUUAACAAAUAAUACUGCUGAUCAAAAUGGACACAUUGUACUGAACUCCAUGCAUAAGUACAUUCCUCGUCUGCAUAUUGUGCCAGCUUAUAAUACGCCCAGUGCAGACACUAAAUUAUCCAUGGCACCAUUUGACAAUGUCAAUAUAUUUGUCUUUCCAGAAACUCAAUUUAUUGCUGUUACUGCUUAUCAAAAUGAAAAGGUUACUCGAUUAAAAAUUGAUCAUAAUCCAUUUGCUAAAGGUUUUCGUGAAAAUAAUGGACAUGCUAAUCGGAAAGAUGUAAAAUCAACAAAGCGAUCUCUUGAUGAUGAUGAUGAUGGAAAUAUAUAUUCAACACCAGAACAAUCAAAACGACGUAAAUCAAGUUCAGGAGAAGAAGAUCAAAUACCUCCGUCACAUGUCAUUCAUACAAAUAGUUCAAUUAAUAUACCAGAUUCAACAACUUCAUUGGCAGAUUUAUAUGAAAAUCAAUUUCAAUCACAUUUCUAUGAUCCUAGCUUGUAUGCAUCACCUUAUUCUCGGUUGGCUCCAACUUACCCAUUUUCUUAUACACCAAUAUCAUCAACUCCAAAUGCGAAUCCAUUUUCAUUAGCAGCAGCUGCUGCUGCAAGUAGAUAUUCAUCACCGUAUUCUUUUUCUUCAUCUUAUUAUCAAUAUCCUACUUCAUCGUAA